UGAUGACCUGAGCUAACGACUCAUUUCUCACUCAUCCUGCCUCUUUUUACCUUCUCUCUUCAACCAUUUUUUUAAAAUGUGAUGAUGUUGUAUUUGCCUGUGCAAGUGUUUCACGAUACUCCCACGGGCCUCAUCGUUGAAUGGUCCUUAACUGGUAACUGUCUUUUUCUGACCAAGUGAGAGGGAUUCCCGCUCCAGUAAAAGAUUUUAAAAUGUGCAGACAAAAGAAGUGGACGACAAAGAGUGUCAGCCCGUCUGCCGUUGUUCUCUCUCUACUGCAUGGUUACCAGGCUUGUUGUUGUUCCGCUACAGAACCAAAACAGUUGUAAGAUGUUUACUGAGAAGAUGUGGCCGCCGCAGUGGGGCGGUGACAUGCGUGUUACCUUGGCCUCCCCUCUGUUCCCCCUAUUCAUGUGCGGAAUCUCAUUGUUGGCGGGGACAUCAUUCAAGCUGGAGUUUUAAGGCCAGAGAGGGGGGGUUCCCACUUCAUUAGAGCCCUGUUUCAAGAGUUGGGCUGAGGAUAGGGGUGCUACAUCUUCUGGUGACAGCCAGGCCCCUGACCAGUCUCCUGUAGAGUCACAGAGGGCCAAGAAGGCAGCAGAGUGGAUGAGCUGAGAGGAAACCAGAGGGAGAGUCGGAGGAAAGAUGGCACCUGUCAGAUGGCUUUUAGUCUCUUUACUGUUGACCACGAGGAUGGUCAUCUCAGCUGAGCAUGUGGACCAUGUGGAGCUGCAGGAGGAAGAAGAGCUAAACGAAACUGUUGUUUGCACCAACGACCACAUGGAGGUGAUUAUUCCCAGUUCUUUCUUCCUCAACAAAGUCCCUCCAGUUUAUAUUUGGGAUUUGCAUCUAAAUGAUCCUGAGUGUCGGGGUGUGGUGGUGGGAGACUACUACGUUUUCAGCAUCAAGACAAAUCUCUCAGACUGUGGGACUGUUAUGACCUCAGAUGACACACACAUCAUGUUCAUCAACACAAUACACAACAACCUUUCUGAGAUCAUCACCAGAAACUACAUCAACAUCACGUUUGUGUGUCGUUAUCCCAUCAACUACAUGGUGCAGCAGCCAUACGGUGAAAACAUGAUCAGGGUGGACGUCAGAACAAUAACUUUGAACACAGAGGAUGGAAACUUCUCAGUGUCCAUGUUGCUGUAUAAGGACGAGGCCUUUGAGGACAGGUGGACUACAGUGCCAUCACUGACACUGGACGAUGACAUCUUUGUCAAAGUUUUCAUGAUCCCAGCUCACCUGAUGCUGCGCAUUGAGAGAUGCUGGGCGACACCUACCAGUGAUCCAUACAGCAACAUACAGUACACCUUCAUCAGAGACAGCUGCCCAGUGUUGGCCAACACACAGACCCUAAAUGUCCUGAAGAACGGUCUGGGUCCUGAGGCCAUGUUCAGGAUCCAAAUGUUCAAGUUUGUCGGGAGCUCUUACACCAACAUCUUUCUCCACUGCAACGUACAGAUCUGUCACAACACACCGGGGCUGUGUCAGCCUAACUGCUCUGGUGAAGAUACAGUAAUGAGAACAAGGAGAGAUGCCCCAGUGUCCCACACUGUGUCAUAUGGACCAAUCAGACGAGUUCUUCAAAGCAGCGAAAAGCCUAAUCACAGUGCAGGUGGAAUCCCUGCAUUGGAGACAUUUGUCUUGGGAGGCCUGCUGGUCGUUCUGCUGCUGAUCAUAGGAAUUUUUGGGAAACUGUGGCUGAGAUCGAAACGUUUCUACCCAGCGAGGGAAGCUCAGCUCACUUUGUCCAACAUCCACCACAUCUCAGAGGUGGCUUCAUGAGUCUCAGUGACUCUGGGACAGGCCCCACCAGAUAGAUGUACAAAUGUAAACUUAUGAUAUAGACAUGUGGUUUGUGACUAUAGAAUUAGAAUAUCCACUUUAUUUUCUGUUGUUUCAACUUAUGAAAAUAAAAGGUAUAUAUUUUAUCGAGAUUUUUUCUUUUUUCUAAUAUUUAUCCAGAUAUUACUUCAGCCUGCUCAACCUAGUUCUUCAUAAAUGUAUUGUGAUAUUUUCUUACAACUUAUUUUGUGUAAUGUUAAAGAUUAUAUUUACUUUUUCAACAUCUGCUUUAUUUUGCAUUCUCUCUCUCCCUCUUUUGUGUCUCCUAUGUUGACCUUGCUAUUUACUGUACUAUACCUAUCAGUUAUUUUAGCAACAUUUUUUGCAACUACUCAGCUAACCCUUAGCAAUAGAAAAUAUCAGUGAAUUCUGGUAUUUCCUAACAUUAACUAAUUUCAGUAAUAUGAUUUAUUUCCCUCGUGUUAAUUAUUACAUAGAGAAUUAAAGCUUUUUAGCUUUAGAGUUUGUAGCUGUUUUGGCUAA